GUGAAUCCUGACCUCAGUAGAUUCGCAAAACUAAAGCAUGUCGACUUUGCAUAAUUUCAGGCACCAAGUACUGGGCUUCAAAGAUACAGAGAAUAAUACGUUGGCAUAUUUUAUAGAAGCAUAUAGCUAAAAGCCUGAAUGGCUGAAACUUACAAUUACAAACCUCAAAUGCAAAACCUCUAAAGACUAAAGGUACACGAGUGUUUUUUUUUGCUUAAAAAUGUACACAAGAGUGUUACAAGAUACACACGCCUUAUAUCAUGAUAUUUGUCCAUGCCCUUCAACAAGAAAAAAAUGUGUCCCAUUACACGAGAGCACACACCUUCUAUCAUGAUUCUCUUUGGCCUUGUCAAUCUAGCGCAGCGUACGAACUAGAUAAUCAGCUCAACCAAGGGAUUUGAUAAUCUUCUUUGGGACCUGUUUUGUUCAAUCAAGGGAUCCAAAGAACCACGCUUGAGACCGGUUUCUUGUGUUGAUGAAUUUAAUCAAAUCAAAAACAAGGAAAAAGAGAAACUUUCUAGUUUAUUAAUUAUCAAAAGCCAAUAAACAAAGAAGCUAGCAAUGUCAAAGCUUAAAUAUAGUCUCGUCUAUGUCACAAACCGACUUAGAGAAAACCUAGGUUUGAAACUACGCUAGGCGUGAAUCGGGAGGCUGGUCCAAACCUAGCGAAUUACCGAAAAAUCGGUGAUUAAACGGGAAGUACACGGGGCCUAGUUUUCAAGCCUUUUACAUGUACAUUUCAAUAUAUAUAUAUAAGGGUAUAUGUAAUAUGUUACUAUAUAAGCAAUGUGGCGUAUUAUAUAUUAAAUUUUUGUAAGAUAACUGAGUUGUAAACGUGGUGUAGUGGACAGUUAUACAGCCGGACUCGGUAACUCUGGUUCAGGUAUGACACAAUAUUGAUUUGUGGAAUUUUCAUUUUUCAUGACAUCAUUUGUGUUUUCAUUACUGUGAUGAAAUUCUACAAAUUUAGAGAAAAUUCACAUUCUGUAGUUACAAUAAUGGCUGGAGAAUUCACAAAAUGAUCUUUAGGGUUUCUGAUGAUUAUUAGGUUGCGUAUUUACCAGGUAAAAGGAGAAUAAAAGAUCUUUUUAAACAACCUGAUAACCGAGUCUGCGCUCUGAUUGUAGCGCUCCUGAUCCUAAAUGGGCGUAAGUUCUUCACCCUCCUCCUCUUCAUUUGUGAUUACAACGUUUUUGCUAUUGAAAGCUGCAAACUUUUCCAAGCCAUUUGAUCAUAUAAUAUGUCUAAUCAAGUUAAUAUAUUAUGUCUUCAUUUAGCUUGAAAUUUAUACGACCUUUGAAUUCUCACCAUUUUUGUAAUCAUCACAAAAAGCUACUACAACACAUGCUUGUGUUUAAGUUGUGAUUCUCUGCCUCUUUAUGUUUCUUUCUUUUGUUUAAUCAGUUUGUGGCUUCUUUCUCAGAUCACCAAAUAUUGGAGUCUUCAUUUGCUUAAAAUGUUGAUAUGAAAUAUAUAGCUUCUAUGUGCUGUCCCUUCUCUUUAUUACUCAGACAAUAUUAUCUCUUCUUUGUUGUGUACUCAUACAUAUAGUUUGGUAUGGUUUUUACAGGUCUUGUCUGUGACACAAGAUGAAUGGUCUGAUGAGGAAGUCGACUCCAUGAUUGAAUAUGCUUCUGCUAGUUCAAUUUACGAAGCUUUUGUACCUGAAGGAAGCUCUAAGCCUGGACCUGAUGUUAGUCAUGACCAGCGUAUGAGAUUCAUUAGGUACUUAUUCUAAAAGAACUUGUGACAGGACAAAUCUGUAAUUCUUUCUAAUGAGUUACUCAAUCUUUGUUUAGGUCCAAGUAUGAACAUCAAGAGUUUUUGAAACCAAGCUUGCGGAUAACUUCAGGGAAAGCUUGCUCAACAAAGAAACCAUCAUUUCUUAACUCAAGUAUUUCUACAAAGUUCAUGGAUAGUUUUCGCGCAAAUUCAUCAUCAAAGAAGAUAGUAAAGUCUCCAACAUGCAAUCUUUUUUACAAGUUUCUUCUAUUUAUAAACUGAGAUUUAUAAGUUUGAUUGAGGAAGGAAUGGUAGAGUUUAUUGGUUUGUUGAAGGUGACCGUUAAGAAAGGUACUAACUUAGCAAUCAGAGACAUGAUGUCAAGUGAUCCUUAUGUUGUCUUGAAUCUAGGGAAGCAAAAACUUCAAACAACAGUUGUGCAUAGUAACUUGAACCCAAUAUUGCUAUCUGUUCCUGAGAGCUAUGGUCCAAUGAAACUGCAAGUGUAUGAUUAUGACACAUUCUCUGCUGAUGACAUAAUGGGAGAAGCUAAACUUGAUGUUCAACCUCUGAUAACAUCUGCAAUGGCUUUUGAGGAUGCUGAGAUGUUUGGGGAUAUGCAGAUUAGGAAGUGGCUAAAGUCGCAUGAUAAGCCGCUGAUAGAUGACAGAUUGACAGCUAUCAUUAUUGGUUCGAGGAAAAUCAAAUCUGGACGUUUAGUGGUCAGAGGAAGAAGAGGGAAGUUAUUUAACAGCUUGUCAAAGUCAACAAACAAGACAAGAUAUGUACGUCAUCGUUUUGUCCGAACAAAACUGUGCAUAAGAUUUGAUUCGGAAUCAAAUACAAAGAAAAUCCAUUCAGAUGAAUGUUUCAUUGUGGUUUAUAAGAAACUGUAAACAAACAUCAAAACUGCUUAAAUCACACAGAAACAUUCCCAAACAAAACAAAGGCAGAUAACUCCGAAAGCUAUCGAAAAUUGCCAGUGUUACAACAACAAACAAAAAAAAAA